AUGACUUUAUUGAAAGAAGGCGAUUUAAAUUUUCAAAAGGCUUCAUAUUGGACUACAAGAUCGGAAACGACAUUGGCUAAAGACUAUAGUGCAUUGAUCGGAAUAUUCGAUGAAGAAGACAUGAAUCCACAUGCGCGAUUUACAGAAACAGAUUAUGUCAUGGCUAUCGUCAUUAAUGAAAACGAAUUGUUUUCAUAUUUUGACUCUGCUUUCUUACGUAAUUGGGCGAAUCCUGAACACUGGAAGAUAAAAAUAACUAAUAAAAAUAAAGGAACUUCAGAAAUUGAAGGAGAAAAGGACCGGUCUGACUCGAAACGCCAAUAUGAAGCACAGCCCAAACCCGAGUCCGAUGAUG